UAGCCCGGGACGGAGUGAGGGGAACACUGGAAGUAUUAAAACAGUCAGACUGAAGGAAAGAAAUGUAGACUUGAAACUAUUUUACGCAACAAAGACAGCAGCUGUGUGGUUUUGCAGCUCCACCACGACCAGCACGAGAACAUCAAUGUCACCCUAGUUAGGGACAAUCCCUGAGACAGCUCGCGGCGAUUCUCCGCGUGCACAGCUGCUCCUGCACACUCAUUUACCUUCCUCUGUAUGUGCGACUGUCUCCUUUCCUCCAGCAGCCGACAACACGGAGAGAACGUAUUCAGCACUUCAGACAAGGACAGCUCCUCGCUUUCGCACGGAAAGCAGCUGAGUGUUUCUUUCCCCGUCAAUCGCAUUGCCCAUUCUGACUCAACUACGGCAAACCGCUUCCAGUUCAGCUUUGCACCUCUGAACACCUCCUGUGAAACUGUAUUGCAAGUGAUCAACUAAUUGAUAUUCACCUUUGGGAAAGCGACGUUUUCACCCUAGGCUCAAUAUGUACCAGGGGCACGUGCAGGGGAAAGGCUGUAGGUCUGCAGAUAAGGCUGUUGCCAUGGUGAUGAAGGAGAUACCAAGUAAGGAGUCUACAGAAGGAAAACCCCUCCUCACUAUGACAUCCCAGCUGGUGAACGAACAGCAGGAAAGCAGACCCCUCCUGAGCCCCUCCAUUGAUGACUUUCUGUGUGAAACAAAAUGCCAUGGAGCCUCACGGCUAGUAACCUCGAAUACAGCAGUCCUCACGACAGGUCUGGAUCUGUUAGACCUGAGUGAACCUGCAGUGAAAAGCCAUAGCAAGAGUAAAAGGAAUGAGCUGACACUGAGGAGCGAAGGGUUCAAGGGAACAUCCCACAGGAGGAAGACUGAGGAGACAGAGCUCAUCAAAGUGGACAUUGAGCACAGCAUACAGAGCUCCCAGACCCCAGAGAGAGUGUCAUUAGACUCCGUCAAUAUCCACUCACCCCUGGAGAAGUGGGAGGAGGUGAAUUUACAUGGAGAAAGGAAUGGAAGUAAAAAAUGGAAAACAGAGAAAAGACGCUCUUCUAAAAAUGCUUCAAGUGAAUUUCUAUGGUCUACAGAGAACUGGACACACACCCAAUCGCCUGCAAAAGGUUCCUUGGAAGCCAACUCCUCAGAACUGGCAUCUCAGGGUCAACUAGGCAAGGAGCAUCGCCGGGGAAGCUCGAUCCUGACCCGAAAUCAUUCCCUGGAAGAAGAAUUUGAAAGAGCAAAGGCAGCUGUAGAGUCUGAUACAGAAUUCUGGGAUAAAAUGCAGGCAGAGUGGGAGGAAUUGGCCCGUAGAAAUUGGCUGACAGAGAACCAGGAGCCUCAGAUCCCAUUGAAUGUUUCCUUACAUGAAAAGGGCUACUACUUCCACACUGAUAACCCGUACAAGGACUGGCCCAAUGCCUUUGAAGAUGCAGUAAAGAAAGUGAGAGAAGGCGACCUGCCCAAUGCUGUCUUACUGCUGGAAUCGGCGAUACUGCAGGACCCCCACGACCCAGAGGCUUGGCUGGUACUGGGUACCACACAGGCAGAGAAUGAGAAUGAACAGGCAGCCAUCGUUGCCCUCCAGAGAUGUCUAGAACUGCAGCCCAACAACCUCCAGGCCCUGAUGGCUCUAGCGGUGAGCCUCACCAACACAGGGAUGCAGCAGGAGGCCUGCGAGGCCCUCAGAAAAUGGAUCAGACACCAUCCCAAGUACAAGCACCUGCUGAAGAGUAAAACAGCAUCUCCAAGCUCUUCAAGGAGGAUGUCCCAGACUUCUGUUAGCAGCAGCCCCCAGCUGCCGGAGGUAAAGGAUCUAUACUUGGAAGCAGUCCAGCAGAACACAGAUGUGAUCGACCCAGAUCUACAGACAGGUCUGGGAGUGCUCUUCAACCUGAGCGCUGAGUUCAACAGGGCUGUGGAUGCAUUUAAUGCUGCUCUUGCUGUCAGGCCAGAGGACUACUUGUUAUGGAAUCGGCUGGGUGCCACGCUGGCGAAUGGAGACCGCAGCGAGGAGGCUGUCGAGGCCUACACUAAAGCUCUGGAAAUCCAGCCCGGCUUCAUCCGGUCAAGAUACAACCUAGGAAUCAGCUGCAUCAACUUGGGAGCACACAGAGAAGCUGCCAGCAAUUUCCUCACUGCCUUGAGCCUGCAGAGGAAGAGCAGGAGUCGGCAAUUGUCUCACCAGGUCAUGUCAGGUAACAUCUGGGCAGCCCUGAGGAUAUCUCUGUCCAUGAUGGACCAGCCAGAACUCUUCCAGGCAGCUAACAUAGGCGACCUGGACUUGCUUUUGAAGGCUUUCAAGCUGGAGAAGUAA